AUGGCCUCGAAGCGACCCAACUUCCUCGUCAUCGUGGCAGAUGACCUGGGCUUUUCUGACAUUGGCUCAUUCGGCGGCGAAAUCAACACACCAAACCUCGACAAGCUGGCACACAACGGCAUCCGCUUCACGGACUUCCAUGCAGCUGCUGCGUGCUCCCCCUCGCGGGCCAUGAUCAUGACGGGCACCGACCAUCAUAUUGCUGGUCUGGGCAACCUGAUUGAGUGGACAAACAUCUCGGGCCAAAAUGAUCCCAACGGCACUAUGUCUACGGCGGUGCAGCGUGGUAUGCCCGGCUACGAGGGCUACCUCAACGAGCGCGUGGCCGCCGUACCCGAGAUUUUGCGUGACGCUGGCUACGAGACACUUAUGUCGGGAAAGUGGCACUUGGGCCUGACGCCCGAACACAGCCCCAAGGCGCGCGGCUUCACGCGCAGUUUUGCGCAUCUUCCGGCGUGCAGCAACCACUAUGCUUACGAACCACAGCUGCGUGAUAAGGACACAACGCCCGAGUUCAUGACUAUGAGCUUUAUUGCGCUGCAUAGCGAAGAUGGCGAGUAUGUGCGCAAGCUGCCCGAUAACUGGUACUCGUCCAAUGGCUACGGCGAUAAGAUGCUGCAGUACCUCAAGGACCGCCAAGCGAGCAAGGAGGAAAAGCAGAAGCCCUUCUUUGGCUAUUUGCCAUUUACAGCACCACACUGGCCACUGCAGGCGCCGCCGGAGCUGGUCCGGAAGUAUCGCGGCGUGUACAAUGAUGGCCCCGACGCUCUGCGGCUGAAGCGUCUUGAAAGCCUCAAAAAGCUGGGCAUGGUCCCGGUGGACGUGGAGCCGCACCCGGUCGUGGCAGACGAAGUCAAGGAGUGGGCCGCCCUCACAGAAGAAGAGCGCGCCAACUCAUGUCGGGCGAUGGAGGUCUUUGCGGCCAUGGUUGAGUGCAUCGAUAUCAACGUUGGAAAGGUGGUUGACUACUUGGAGGAGACGGGAGAGCUCGACAACACAUUUGUGUGCUUUCUUUCGGACAACGGCGCUGAGGGCGCUGCGUACGAGGCCUACCCCAUUGUGCAGAGCAGCAUGGUCGGCCAUCUGAAGAAGUACUACAACAAUAACAUUGACAACCUUGGAAACGGCGACUCCUUUAUCUGGUACGGUCCACGCUGGGCCCAGGCUGCCACCGCACCCAGUCGCCUCUACAAGGCUUACACUACAGAGGGCGGUGUGCGUGUGCCGUUCCUGAUGAAGCCGCCUGUUGGUGCGUCGUGGAACUCAACCGUCGGGGCAGCCGAUCCCGGCAGCAUUACACACCAGUUCGCUACCGUGAUGGACAUUGUGCCCACGAUCCUCGAAAUGGCCGGCGUCCAGCAUCCGGCUCCGCACUACCAGGGCCGCGAGAUUGUCAGCAUGCGCGGCAAGUCCAUGGUGCCCUACCUGGCUAACACGGCCGAGCGUAUCCACGACAAGGAAUUUAUUCACGGCUGGGAAACGUGUGGCCGCGCGGCUGUUCGCAAGGGCGACUGGAAAAUUGUCUUCAUUCCCAAGCCAAAGGGCACAGAAACGUGGCAGCUCUAUAACCUUGCGAAGGACCCAGGUGAGAUCCACGAUCUCGCCGAGGAGGAGCCCGCGCGUCUUAAGGAGCUCAUCAAGUUGUGGGACCAGUAUGUGCUGGAGACGGGUGUGGUUCCUCUCAGCCCGGAACUCGGCAAGUGGAUGGCUGCCAUGGAGGAACAGAUGCCAGAGAACGAGUGGAUCGAGUACGAGUACUGGAAAGACGGUGCCCGUGACGACCCAGCAGCGUUCACCAAGCAGAUUCCUCGUUUUGAGCGUCGUGUCGUUGCCAAGUAA